AUGCUGGCCCCAAAGACCCAAUACGCUACCUUGGCCCCGUCUAGUGCCCAGAGCCCGUCCAACGCCUACUAUUCGGGCUCACAGCGCCCUGCAACUGCCACCAAGGUCCCGGAAGGAUUUGGAUACAGCAGCCCGACCAAGUCGGAGUUGUCGGAGAUGCAGGACGAUUUGACCACGGUUCGGGGCUGGGAUGAGAAAAAGGUGAUCCUGUGGUUACAUAGCAUCAAGUGUGGCCAGUAUGAGUCGAUUUUCAAAGCCAACAACUUCAAUGGCGACAACUUGAUCGAGUGUGAUCAGAAAAUCCUCCAGGAGAUGGGCAUCAAAAAAGUAGGCGAUCGCGUGCGCAUCUUCGUGGCGAUCAAGCAGCUACGAAAUCAGGCCGUGCCCAACCCCCGGCAGAAGAACAUGGAUACCCUCGCUGCGCUGGAAGCAGCAUCUGCAUCCUCAGACCACUCAGGCGCCUCCUCGGUGCGCCUCCCAAACAGACGGAUGUCUCGAUUGAUGGAGGAUGAGAUUGGCUAUUUGGGUAAAACACCUACUCAGCCAAACCAGCCGGCAUCGCCGCCUUUCAGCGAUUGGCGAAAGGACACGUACUUCAGCCAUCCAUCCUCGGGUGGCUCGACAUCCGGCCGCAACCCAAGCACCCCUAGCGAUGGUGCCCGAGCCGCGACACAUCCCCGCAAUCCUAGCAUUGACGGAUUGACCAUGGGGCCUCUGCCACCCAACUCUCCGGUCAUUCGUGUGAUUUACACGGGGGGUCAAACCAAGGUCCUCGACAUCAGGCAUUGCAAGACACCUGACGAGGUGAUUCUCUGUGUGCUGAAGAAGCUACAACUCCCCGAGCACCAGUUCCGAAAUUACUGCUUCUAUGUUCUCGACGGCCUCGAGCCAGAUCUGUCCAACUGCAGGCGGUUGACAGAAACAGAGCUCAUGGAGAUUUGCGAAGGCCACAACAAGUCGGAACGCGGUCGCUUGAUCUUACGCAAAAUUCAUGCGGGAGAGCCCGAUGUGGAUGAGCUUCGCCGAGCCUCACAGCUCGCUUUCGACGAGAGCCAGGUGACCCAUCAGAAUGCACUAAACAAAUCCAACCCGCGACAGAAAAACAAAAUCCAACAGCUGACGGGCGAGUCAUGGAACGUGAUCAAUACCAAGCAGCCGCUUUCACCAGUGGGACCUCGCCACCGUCCAUCAACGUCUUCGAAUGACCCAGAUCAAUCCAUAGACGAUGCGGACCGAAACCACGUCGCCACCAAAUUGCGAUCAUUCUUUGGACAGAGACCGCCCAGCGAGAUGAUCAUUCAUGAGCUGCAGUCGUUCUUCCCGAGUCACGAUCGGGAAGAUAUUGCAAAGACGAUGCGACGAUCCCAACGCCUCAGCCGAGCUGCCAGUCGUCUCAGCGUCGUCAGCAACUACAGUGUUGCGUCCAGUCUCAAGGAUGCGCCGCCCCUCCCACCAUUACCCCAAAUCCCUCCUAUACCCAACAUUGCCGAUUCUUGGUACCACUCACAAGGCGGAGCCCAGGCGGUUCGGGCCUCACGGCCUUUGUCCAUCAACCGAUUCAACCUCCCCCAGGCUUCGUACCGGGAUUCCAUUGCAUCGAGCUCACUGCAGCCGCUGCAGGAAGAAUCUCCGAUCGAGCCGAAUCGCAAAUCCUUUGUCUCGUUCGACAGCGGGUCUGAUGAACACAACCUCUCUCGACAGAGCAUGAUUGAUGAGAGCUCCAGUGUCAUUGCCACGGACGGUGGAUCGUCGAAUGAGCGACUCAGCGUGCUGGUAGCGGAAGACGGCGAGGAAGACGACGCGAACCUCAUGAACGACUUCUUGGCGGGCAACAAUUUUGCCCCAAAGAACUGGAUGAAAGGUUCUCUCAUUGGCGAGGGUUCUUUUGGCAGCGUCUUCCUGGCUCUUCAUGCCAUCACUGGUGAGCUGAUGGCUGUGAAACAGGUCGAGAUUCCGUCAGCAACCAAGGGCACUGAGUUUGAUCAGCGUAAGAACAACAUGGUCACCGCUUUGAAACACGAGAUCGAGCUCCUGCAAGGAAUGCACCACCCGAACAUUGUACAGUACCUCGGCACGUCCACUGACGAUCAGUUCUUGAACAUUUUCCUGGAAUACGUCCCCGGUGGAUCCAUUGCGACCAUGCUCAAACAAUACAACACGUUCCAGGAACCCCUGAUCAAAAACUUUGUCCGACAGAUCCUGGCAGGCCUUUCAUACCUCCAUAGCCAAGACAUUAUCCAUCGUGAUAUCAAGGGUGCAAACAUUCUUGUGGACAACAAAGGUGGUGUCAAGAUUUCCGAUUUCGGUAUCUCCAAGCGCGUCGAGGCUUCCACCGUUCUCGGGUCCCGUGCCAGUAGCGGUGGAGGCGGCCAUCUGCACCGUCCAUCGCUGCAAGGCAGUGUCUACUGGAUGGCGCCCGAAGUCGUCCGACAGACCGCUCACACCAAAAAGGCUGAUAUCUGGAGUCUGGGCUGUUUGGUGGUGGAGAUGUUCAUUGGUGCUCAUCCGUUCCCAGAUUGCAGUCAACUGCAAGCCAUCUUUGCCAUUGGAAGUAACCAGGCUCGCCCACCGGCGCCAGAACAUGCCAGUCCCGAGGCCGUUGAGUUCCUGGACAUGACCUUCCAAUUGGACUAUGAAAAGCGGCCCACGGCGGAUGAGUUGCUCAAGUGUCAAUUCCUAUCGACGCCUAUCGCUUAG